AAAAAGGCAGCUUCACUUUUCCAGUUUUUUCUCUUCCGUCAUCCCCCUCCUCCCCUUCCUUCGUCUUCCUCCACCACCUCGCGUGCGGCGGGAGGGAACCCACCCCACCGGCCUCCCUCCCCCCACCCCCACGUAGACGACUGCACUAGGCGGCCUCCCCUCCCCUCCCCUCCUGCGGGGAUCAUCGGCGGGGCCGCGCCGCGCUCUCCCCCCGCGAAUCGGCGGCGGCGGGGAUGGCGACCCACGAGCGGAAGACGAUCGAUCUGGAGCAGGGGUGGGAGUUCAUGCAGAAGGGCAUCACCAAGCUGAAAAACAUCCUCGAGGGGAAGCCCGAGCCCCAGUUCAGCUCCGAGGACUACAUGAUGCUCUACACGACGAUUUACAACAUGUGCACGCAGAAGCCGCCGCACGACUACUCGCAGCAGCUCUACGAGAAAUACCGGGAGUCCUUCGAGGAGUACAUCACGUCCAUGGUCUUACCUUCAUUAAGAGAAAAGCAUGAUGAGUUUAUGUUGAGAGAGCUAGUAAAACGGUGGUCAAACCAUAAAGUGAUGGUUCGGUGGCUAUCGCGCUUCUUCCAUUAUCUCGAUCGGUACUUUAUUUCAAGGAGGUCCCUACCAGAACUAAGUGAAGUUGGGCUUAAUUGUUUCCGAGAUUUGGUAUAUCAAGAGAUCAAAGGAAAAGUAAAAAGUGCGGUGAUAUCCUUGAUAGAUCAAGAACGUGAGGGUGAACAAAUUGAUAGGGCCCUGUUAAAGAAUGUUCUGGAUAUAUUUGUUGAGAUUGGCUUGACCAUUAUGGACUACUACGAAAAUGAUUUUGAAGAUUUCUUGCUCAAAGAUACUGCAGACUAUUACUCUAUAAAAGCUCAAACCUGGAUUCUUGAGGAUUCUUGUCCAGAUUACAUGUUAAAGGCAGAGGAGUGUUUGAAAAGGGAGAAAGAGCGAGUCUCUCACUAUUUGCACUCCAGUAGUGAACAGAAGUUGCUGGAGAAAGUGCAGCAUGAAUUGCUAACUCAGUACGCAAGCCAGCUCCUCGAGAAGGAGCAUUCUGGAUGCCAUGCUUUGCUCCGUGAUGACAAGGUUGAUGAUCUCUCUAGAAUGUACAGGCUCUUUUCCAGAAUAACUCGUGGUUUAGAACCUGUUUCUCAAAUAUUUAAGCAGCAUGUUACUAAUGAGGGCACAGCCUUAGUGAAGCAAGCCGAAGAUGCUGCUAGUAAUAAGAAGCCAGAGAAGAAGGAGAUAGUUGGUUUGCAGGAACAGGUUUUUGUGCGGAAAAUCAUCGAGCUUCACGACAAGUAUGUGGCUUAUGUUACGGAUUGUUUCCAGGGGCAUACUCUCUUCCAUAAGGCACUUAAGGAGGCAUUCGAAGUUUUUUGCAACAAAGGUGUUUCUGGCAGCUCAAGCGCUGAAUUACUAGCUACUUUCUGUGACAAUAUCUUAAAGAAAGGUAGUAGUGAAAAGCUUAGUGAUGAAGCAAUUGAAGAUACCCUUGAGAAGGUUGUAAGGUUACUUGCCUACAUCAGUGACAAGGACUUGUUUGCUGAGUUCUAUAGAAAGAAACUUGCAAGGAGAUUGCUUUUUGACAAGAGUGCUAAUGAUGAACAUGAGAGAAGCAUUCUUACCAAGCUAAAGCAACAAUGUGGAGGGCAGUUCACUUCAAAAAUGGAGGGCAUGGUUACUGAUCUCACUGUUGCAAGAGAUCACCAGGCCAAAUUUGAAGAGUUCAUAAGCACACACUCAGAGUUGAAUCCUGGAAUAGGCUUGGCUGUUACUGUCCUGACAACAGGAUUUUGGCCAAGUUACAAAUCUUUUGAUAUAAAUCUACCUGCAGAAAUGGUGAAAUGUGUAGAGGUUUUCAAGGAGUUUUACCAAACAAGAACCAAACACAGGAAGCUUACCUGGAUAUAUUCACUUGGAACCUGUAUUAUUAAUGCUAAAUUUGAGACCAAAACUAAUGAGCUCAGUGUUACAACUUAUCAGGCUGCAUUGCUGCUGCUGUUUAAUGGAGUUGAUAGACUCAGCUACUCUGAGAUUGUCACACAGUUAAAUCUCUCAGAUGAUGAUGUUGUCCGAUUGCUCCAUUCUCUCUCUUGUGCAAAAUACAAGAUUCUUAACAAAGAACCAAACAAUAAAUCUAUUUCACCGAAUGAUGUCUUUGAGUUUAAUUCAAAGUUUACUGACAAGUCGCGAAGGAUAAAGAUACCUCUUCCUCCAGUUGAUGAGAAGAAGAAAGUAGUUGAAGAUGUUGAUAAGGAUCGCAGAUAUGCCAUUGAUGCAUCAAUUGUGCGCAUUAUGAAGAGUCGCAAAGUAUUGGGUCAUCAGCAACUUGUGAUGGAAUGUGUGGAGCAGCUUGGCCGCAUGUUCAAGCCUGACUUCAAGGCAAUAAAGAAGCGCAUUGAGGAUCUUAUCACAAGGGAUUACUUGGAGAGGGAUAAAGACAACCCAAAUGUGUACAGAUACUUGGCUUAAUGUGUUUUUUCUGCUGGUGGACAGAUGCUUGCCGGAGCCUCACUUCUGUGCUCUGCAGUGCUGCAUUUAUCAAUGGCAAAAUGAUGAAAGUAGUUUAUCUGGUACAACACCAUUGGUUUCUUAGAAUUUUCAAGCAUGGCAGGUGAUUGUGCUGUGUGCAGCAAGAACACUCCCUGUAUAUCCAGCUUAACCAAUGGUAGCUCUGUCAGAACUCAUCAGAGCCCACCAGGUCAGGGAUUUGCUGCUGGAACUUCUCAAGGUUCUCCUAAAUGUUGUAAUCAUAUACUAGGUCAUGUCCUAUUUGUUAAAUUUAUCCAUAGCAUAUAGUUUUGCUGUUUUUCAUUAUGUUGCCUAGAUAAAUGGAGAGGGAACUUUGAACUGGCAAUCCAACCUUGUCCUAGGCCAUCAUUGUUGUAAAAUAUUUGUUGUAUAUCAUGUCGUAGAUAUGCCAAAAGCACUGGUGAUAAUUGUGCCUUGAA